CUUUUUCACGUCUUUCGCGCGUAGUUCUCAUCUUUCCAAAGUUCUGGAAAUCGUAGUUCUCACUAUAUUUUCAGUUACUCCAAUUUCAAUAUUUUAUAACCUUUUUACGAUUUGGGUAAUAUAAAGACCAAAUCUGUUCAGCAGAGGCGGCAAUGUGAAACACCAAUUCCCACGAGAUGAUAGAUCUAUACUCUAUACCUCGUUUCUGCUUAUAAGUAGUUUCGGAAAGUAACUUGCCGAUGAUAAUUCUAACCGGACUUGAUCCGUGCAAUCGAUUUUAUUCAUAUUCCAUUCGAAUUAGUAAGAAGACGGCAUAGCAAACGUUACUUUUCAACAUGGCUUCAUACGUGCGGGUAGGAUUACUGUUACUAUUGGUCUGUUCUUCCUUCCUUGUUGAUGCAGUUAACAGGGAUACAUUUAAAACAUGCGAGCAAAGCAGUUUUUGCAGACGCUGUAGAAAAGUUGAACCUGGAAAAACACCUUAUCAACUUUCGUUAGACACGUUGGUUAAUAAUAAGUCCAGUAUAAGCGUAGAUUUAUUUAAUAAGGAUACAUGGGUUCUUUAUAUAUUGCAAUUGACGGCGCUAAAGGACAAUACAUUCAGGCUUCGUAUCGGUGAAAAGAAUCCGUUACAUCCGAGAUACGAACCUGAACAUGCUCUUCAAGAUCAGCCUCAAACGUCUGAGUUAACUUUAGUUGAGAAAACUAUAGAUCACGUUACUGUAACGAGCGGUGAAAAUAAAGUUAUAUUGUACGCUAGUCCAUUUAGAAUUGAUUUAUAUUCUGAAAAUGUACUGGUUGUGUCUGCUAAUGCAAGAGGUCUCAUGAGAUACGAACAUCAUCGUACAAAGCCCAAGAAAGGCGAAGAAGAAGAAGAAGAAGCAGAAAGAGAAGGAGAAGAAGAAGAAGAGGAAGAAGGAAAUGUUGAAAAUAUUGAGGUAGCAAAUAAUACCCAACCUCCGGGUGAUGGAGCGGAAAAUGAUCCGGGUGCAUGGGAAGAGAAUUUCAAAACUCAUCACGACGCGAAACCCUUUGGCCCUGAGGCCGUUGCUUUAGAUUUUACCUUUCCAGGAUCAGAAUAUGCGUACGGUGUACCAGAGCAUGCCGAUUCUUUUGCAUUAAAGUCAACUAAACAAGCUCAUCCGUACAGAUUGUACAAUUUAGAUGUGUUUGAAUAUGAAGUGAACGAGAGAAUGUCGCUGUAUGGAGCGAUACCUGUUCUCUAUGCUCAUGGUAAAGAGAGAACAACUGGUAUCUUUUGGCACAACACUGCAGAAACAUGGAUUGAUAUUUUAUCAAGCGCGGACAAUAAUAUGGUGGAAAGCAUUGUAAAUUUUGUAUCAGGUUCCGUUAAAAAGUCUCAAGUGGAUGCUCAUUUCAUGUCAGAAUCUGGUGUAAUCGACGUGUUCUUUAUGUUAGGCCCAAAGCCUUUAGAUGUAUUUAAACAGUACAGUAGAUUAACAGGCACGGCACCGUUGCCGCAAAUGUUUUCUUUAGGAUAUCACCAAUCUCGUUGGAAUUACAAUGAUCAAGAUGACGUAAUACAAAUAGCAGAAAACUUUGAUGUACACGAUCUACCUCUAGAUGUUAUGUGGUUAGAUAUCGAAUAUACCGAUAGCAAAAAGUACUUUACUUGGGAUGAAAGGAAAUUUCCGAACCCUACCGAAAUGAUACACAACUUGACCGGUAAGGGUAGAAAAUUGGUCGUUAUUAUCGAUCCGCAUAUUAAACGUGAUAACGGUUACUUCGUUCAUAACGAUGCAACUAAAAUGGGUUAUUACGUUAAAACGAGAGACGGAAAAGAUUACGAAGGUUGGUGCUGGCCUGGAGCGACAUCGUAUUUGGAUUUCUUUGAUCCAGCUGUGCGAGAGUAUUAUAUCGGUCAAUAUAGUUUAGACAAAUUUCAUGGUACUACAAAUGAUGUAUAUAUUUGGAAUGAUAUGAACGAACCAAGCGUAUUUAACGGCCCUGAAGUAACAAUGCCUAAGGAUGUAAUCCAUUAUGGUGGUUGGGAACAUAGAAAUGUCCACAAUAUAAAUGGAUUUUACAUGAGUAUGUCUACAUAUGAAGCUCUCUUCAGAAGAUCCGGUGGCAGUUUACGACCAUUUAUAUUAACAAGAUCUUUCUUUGCUGGAUCGCAACGUUACGCGGCCAUGUGGACCGGAGAUAAUACCGGUGAUUGGGAUCAUUUUCGCAUUAGUUAUCCAAUGUGUCUUAGUAUGGCUGUUUCUGGAAUGUCAUUCUGCGGCGCAGACGUUGGUGGUUUCUUUAAAAAUCCAGACUCGGAGCUGUUUAUAAGAUGGAAUCAAGCCGGUGCCUGGCUUCCAUUUUAUCGUCAACAUUCCCACAUUGAAACGAAACGACGCGAACCGUGGACGUUUAACGAUGAAACUACACAGCUGGUCAGAGAGGCAUUCAGAAUGAGGUAUUCGUAUUUACCGUUAUGGUAUACGAUUUUCCGAGAGCACGAAAUAACUGGGGUUCCUGUAAUUAGACCUUUAUGGACCCAUUAUCCAACUGAAACAGAAACUUACGCUAUCGAUGAUGAAAUACUAGUUGGAGAUUCUAUACUCGUUCGUCCAGUUUUUCAGCCAUCCGUUACAGAUGUUAGCGUAUACUUCCCUGGUGAGGGCAAAGUAACUUGGUACGAUGUUGAUACCAUGCAGCCAUAUCGGCAGGCAGGCUUAGUUAGUAUACCUGUUACUCUUCACAAAAUUCCGGUAUUCCAAAGAGGUGGUUCUAUUAUUCCACGAAAAAUGAGAAUACGCCGUAGCACGGUCGCAAUGAAAAACGAUCCGUACACUUUGGUAGUUAUCACUGAUUCAGCUGGCAAAGCUAAUGGAACGUUGUACAUUGAUGAUGAAACCAGUUUUGAAUAUCGUCAUGGAAAGUAUCUCUAUUUAAAGAUUAAUUUUCAAGGGAAUAAAUUAACCAGCACGUUUAUAGACAAAUUAGCUUCGUAUCAAACAGAGAGCUGGUUAGAAAGGGUAGAUAUUGCGAAUCCACCUAAAGGAGUCAAAUCAGCUGUAUUAACUUCGUCUAAUUUGGGAAAAGUUACUUUGGAGACUAAAUACAAUCCGAAUAACAAUGUAUUAACUGUGCGCAAACCAGGUGUAAAUAUGGGAGAAGAAUGGACUAUCGAAUUAAUCUAUUAAAAUCGCAUUUUUAUUCAUCGUAAAUUCAAUAAUCAUACCAGUAAUACCAAUUUUCUAUUCACGCAAUUUUUCUCAGCUAUCUGUGAUCAAAAUAUCAUUGUAUACCGCAAAAGAACAAAAAUACAGUGUAGUAGAGGAGUUAAUGUAAAUGAUAUAUUUAUUAUUUUGACAAGCUAUUUUAAAAGCUAUUUCUGUUUUUAUCGAAUAGAGUAAGAACGUGAAACCAUUAUUCAAUCUUUAAAACUUAUAUAAUUAUGCAUGUAAAGAAAGAAAAGAAAAUACAUCGUACGUAUUAGAAAUAUAAACGUUGACCACAUACGUAUAUCUCGAAAGAAUAUUUAAAUACUUAAUUAACUUUAUGAAGAAAUUUAUCAACAUUUUGUAAAGGAACUGUGAACAUGAAAAUAUAAAAGAAAUAUCUAGGAUUUAAUUAAAAACAAAGAAAAUAUGUUUUAUUGAAUCAAAUACGUUCUGUCGGUGCUUGCUUAUGAGCUAAAUACAAAAACGCGAUUGAUGAUAAAGCAGAUACCAAGAAAAUAACGUCGAACCAUCUAUGAUAAAAAUUAAAUUGCAAUUCUCCUAAAACUUGUGUUAUUAUAAUUCGAUAUUCUGCAGGCAUAUUCAUGCGCAUCAGAAGAACAGAGGACACGAAAUACAUUCCCUGAAAAUAUAUAAACCUAUGUAUUAUAUUAAGAAAUCUUUAAGAAGAAAAUUCUUACCAUUAUUUGAGCAAGUAUAAGUACAAUAAUAUUCGAUGAUUUGCUACUUGAUAUAGCAUAAAAAAACUGAAAAAGAAAACAAUAAAAUAAAAAUUUCGAAUAUUAAUCAAUGAUAAUUUAGAAGAUAAUGAAAUAAUAAAUAUGUAUAUAUACAUAUAUGUACCUUUGUAAGUGUUAAUAAUAAACCGCGAAUCGAUGUAAGAACGAUACAGCCAACAAGAUAAAACGAAAUGUGUUGUGACCAGAAUGUAACAUCAAUAUUAAAACCCAUCCAAUGUACUGCAAUUUCAA